CUCUGGAAACCCUCGGCCAAACAUAACUUGGACUAAGAGAGGAAGCAAUAAAACUCUGUCCUAUUCAGAUGAACUUUCCUUGUCUAAUUUAACCAGAUUUGAUGAUAAAACAGAAUACAAAUGCAAAGCCAUGAACUAUUUAGGAUUUGUUGAAGCUUCAGCUUCAGUUACCAUCCACUAUCCAUCUUUGAUUGAGUCUGCCUCAGGCAGUCAAGUUGUCCUUGAAGGAAACAACUUGACUUUACAUUGCAAUGCAAGAGGCAAUCCUACACCAAACAUCACUUGGACUAAAGAUUACAGCUCAUCAGUGCUAAAUCAAGGAAUUACUUACAGUAUUGUGAACAUAGGAAGAAAUGCUUCAGGGAAUUACACUUGUACCGUUUGGAAUGGAAUUGGUGGACAAAAGAAAGCUAUUGCUGCUAUCACUGUACACUAUGCGGCUGAAAUUGUCUCUGCUCCCAGAAACAGGACAGUCCUGGAAUAUGACAAUGUUACUUUCUUUUGCAAUGCAUCAAGUAAUCCACCCUCACAGAUCAUCUGGACCCAAGAAGGAAGCAGUACAGUUUUACAUGCAGGAGAAACCUUUGUAAUUGAAAAUGUUUCAAGAAAACUUAAUGGACAGCAAUACAAAUGCAGGACAUGGAACAAUGUCACCAAAGAUGUGGAGGCAUAUGCUCAGCUCACCGUUCAUUAUCCUCCAACAUCAACCAUGAUUACAGCACUUCCCACAAACACGACAGUGCUGCAUAAUACUGUCAUGAUGCUAAACUGUAGUACAGAUGCCAACCCUGCUGCUCAUACUUAUCACUUCUACUUUAAUGGCAACCUUAUUGGUAACAGCAGUUCUGGGAUGUUUAAUAUCCCCGUAAAGGAAGAUGGAGAGUACACCUGUGUUCCUGUUAACAUAGUAGGCACGGGAAACAAUGCUAGUGUCAACAUUACUGCUGUUGUGGCCCCAGUUGCUGAGGUGGUUCCUCAAACUGGCGUAGUUGUGGAAGGUGGAAACAUUACCUUGAUCUGUAACAGCAGUGGUGUUCCUUCUCCAUCGGUUGUCUGGACUCAAGUUGGAACCACAAACGUUUUGUCUCAAAACAAGUUACUUAUUGUGGUAAAUGUUACCAGACCAGAGACACCAGAUAACUUGAUCCAGUAUCAAUGUACAGCCAGUAAUGGAGUAGGUACACCUGGUACCGCUGCAGUUAACAUAACUGUUCAAUAUCCUCCGGAGAUAGUCAGAUAUCCAUCCACUUCACCCAUCAUUGAAGGUGGCAACAUCACACUUGUCUGCCAGGCUAUUGGAAAUCCACAGCCAAACAUAACUUGGACCAAGAGAGGAAGCGAUAAAAUUUUGUCCCAUUCAAAGGCACUCGUCUUGGCUAAUUUAACUAGAUUAGACAACGAAACAGAAUACAAAUGCAAAGCCAUGAACUAUUUAGGAUUCGUUGAAGCCUCGACUUUAGUUACCAUCCACUAUUCAUCCUUGAUUGAGUCUUCCCCAAUCAAUCAAGUUGUCCUUGAAGGAAACAACUUGACUCUACGCUGCAGUGCUUCUGGAAAUCCUACACCAAACAUCACGUGGACUAAAGAUAAAAGUUCAUUAGUGCUACAUCAAGGAGAUACUUACAGCAUUGUGGACAUAGACAGAAAUGCUGCAGGGAAUUACACAUGUACAGCUUGGAAUGGAGUGGGAGAACCAAAAAAAGCCAUUGCUGCAGUAUCUGUACACUAUCCUGCUGCGAUAGUCACUCGUCCUAAAGACCAAGUGUUGUGGUUGGGGGAGAACACAACUCUAGUGUGUGACGCUGUUGGUAACCCUGUGCCAAACAUAACUUACUCUGUGCUUGGAGAGAAUGCCUCAGUCGUUUACAGCAAGACACUUGUUAUUAAGAGUUCCAGCGUAACUUAUGUUAAGAUGUACACAUGCACGGCAUUUAAUGGAGUACAGCCACCAGUGUCUGUCAAUGCUACUGUUACAGUGUUGGUAAGACCUUGUUCUCGUUCCCCCUGUGCUAAUGGAAAUUGUACGGACAUAAAGACGCCGCCAUCUUACCGUUGCACUUGUCCUUCUGGUUAUCAGGGAAGACGCUGUAUUCAGCAAAUUACAAAAGAAACUGAUAGAGUGAGGGGGAGAGUAAAACUUGAAAGGUGUCCAUACAAGUAUCACCCAGACUACAAUAACCAUAGCAGUGAGAUGUACAAGGAGCUCAGCAACGACUUCAUAAAGAAUCAGUGACGCAAGUGACAACGUUAUGGUGAACUUCACCUUAGUUUUCUUCAAAGGAAAUAAGACUGUUGAUGAGCUUCAUCAGGUCCUGGAAAAAUCCGUGGAAAAUGGCAGUGUUUAUUCGUUACCAGUGCAGAGAGGCACGCUCCGGCUGACUCUAAUAACGACUCCAGCACCCGCUACAGCUAUUCCACCGGCUGUAGCCGCACGGAGCAAGAAAAUUGAACCGUGGAUUAUUGUCGUGGUUGUAGCUAUUGGUGGACUGGUGUUCUUGGUGCUGGUUUGCGCCAUUAUCGCCUGCUGUGGCAGGAGGAGGAAGAAGAAAAAAGAUGUAUCCCAAGGAUACGAAGACCACACGUGAGUUGUACGCUUGACUUCUUAAUUAAUUGGAAAUUCUCUUUUGGGGAAGUUGUUAUAAGCACUGGAAAACAAACAUCGAAAUAAGCAUGUGUUUCAGGUGUAAACGCAGCCAUGAGAUCAUCCAGGUGUGAUUGCUUCAAACGCUCAUGGUUAAAUACCUGAAAUGUUAUCAGUGAAAUUUGCUACAGUGCACUGUUGUAAGAACAUAACGAUUUUGAUGUAACAACAGAUCUGUAUGGCAAAGAACGAGUUCUAGAUAUUAGUGUUGUUUUGGUGCUCAGUGUGUUUUCAUCGUCUCUGUUGGCAGUGGAAAUUGGAUUGAUCUACCUCAUGGUGAAAACGGAAAUAAGCCAUCAAAAGAGGAGUAUGCAAUGACCAAUUCUGUGGCUUACAUGGAGGGUGGACCUUACCAGGAACGCGCUGUUGAAGAGAAAGAACCCGAGAGCAAUGGCAACAACACCCAUAUGUAGCGUGGGAUUCAGGAAAGGAAGGAACGACAAGGACAGGAAACCAAGAACAAGAACCAUUUAAAGCACAAGCUAACUUUUUAAUGAAAUUUACGCUGACGUGAUGUUUGAUAUAUACUUUGACAGCGAAAUUGAAAGUGGUUUCUUGAGGAGAUAUGUCUUGUCUUAUUAUCGUCUUGUUUUGGAUUUCAAAAGGACGGCUUCCUGUUUUUAUAAGCUUGCCAACCGGGUGUUCAAAAUCUCCCAUCAUUUUUAUACUCAUGCGACUCAAACUACUUUUAAGUCGAGUUCGUUGCAUUUAUUCCCAUAAUGAAUCUUGGGUUAUAAAAUUGUUCAUGCAAUUUAAAAGGUAAAGAGGAUGAAGCCACUAGAACCUCAUCCUCACCCACAUUAAAGCUUAGAUUGCACAAGAAAACGUAAAUGUUUUUCUGCAGAAUGCAGCUGGUUUGCAUGAAAUUAUUCACCAAUAUUUAUUGCACAUCCAUUUAUUCAGUUUAUUUAUAUUAAUUUCAGCUAUUUUUGUUACUCUGCUCACUGAAACUUUGCAAUAAAAUCGCGUACAAAAAUCUGUGGCUCUUUUCGUCUUGUAAACCAACUCAUACGAGUACCGACUGAACAAAGCAUUUUCAGUAAGAAGUGCUUGGAGGGUACUGGUCACAAUUCACGUUGAAGGAGAGAGGGGGCUGGAGUAUCUUGCAAGAUAAAUAUUUAACUUCUGAUCCCAAACUUCGUUUGAUCGAUGAAUUAGUCUCAUCCUUUUCCCCCUCGCUAUUUCCAGCUAUUCAUGAAGUACUUUCGUAUUUAGGAAUUGGAAAUGCCAAGCCGUGCACAUUAUACACAACGCGAGACUGCACAUUACAAGCUGCGACGUAUCGUAUCGUUUCUUUUUAUGUCAUGGGACUAACACUGCUUUAAGGUCACAUUCGUGUACAAAAGCCUCCCGUUCUUCACCCACUUCUGACUUCAUGGCCAGUUUACAAAGAGAGAUAUUUUUAAGGUUGAAAUGAGUAUAUCGGUUUAAGAUAGCAUUGAAACUGAAAGCUCAGAGGACCAUUACUACCAGCACCUAUUGAACCUCGAAGUUCUUAUGCAUUUACAGAACUUGGCGUCUUUAACACAAGCAGAACUAACAUUAUGAUGGUCAGCUGUUUAUGGAGGUGAUAGAUCCCCCUCCAUCCAAUAAACCGACUCAUCCCCUUUAUUUUCUAUCCCUUCUCCAAACUUCUAGGCAAAUGCUGAUUGUCUCCCCCUCUUAAUUACAAAAUGUCACAAAACCAAAAUACCAAGCAUCAGUACAAACCUGCUACAGAAAGAUAGCUAAGAGAACAUCAGUUAGUUACUUUCAAACUUUAUUGGCUAAAAAGAAUACAAAUCACACGAAUCUGUCAAAAACAUUUUCCUAGAACGGACAAGAAUCUUUAAUAUAUUUGACUAUUUUGUACAAUGAAAACACCUUGAAUUGACCCUGAAUAAUUCAUGUACACAUUCCUUUAUCAACGCUAAAUAAAUUUCGAUUGCUUUCAUUUUGUUUGGUUUUUUCUUUCUUUCAUGUUCUGUAUUAAAUACAUUGACAGCCAACAGUAAAAAUUCAAUUCGCUACAAAAUACAAAAGUAAAAAAGUUUUGAAAAUGAUUAAAACUGUGACAGUUACAAAUAGCGACGACUGUGGUGGUAAUUAAUAAAUAAUUUUAGUUUGAAUAUAAAAAUUUUUAAGUGGAACCCUUCCACUGUAGGUUGUCUGUUGACUGUAAAACAGAACAUUACAG